AUGUCUAUGGUCCUAGUAAGAUUCGCUCGGCUCCCCACGCCACCUAUGACUGUCAAUCCAAGCAACGCCCGCGACUACGAACCCUGGUACGAAGCCAUCCAGACCAUAUGGAAUCCCUCUGUAACCGAAGCGUGGAACGCCCUCUCCAACAGCAUCGAGUCUUCCAUCCGCAACCACUACCGCCACUACGAGUACUGGAACUACAAGAUCUGCAAGAUAGAAAUCAAGUGGAAGCUGGGCGCCGGCGAGAACGCCCCGCAGGUACUCUACGAGUAUGGGGUUAACGAUGAGUAUUUGGAAGUGCAUAAGGGACAGCAUGAGAGGAUUGUGACGGCGUUGACGCUGCAGAAGAGGGAGAGUGGAGAUUUUAUGUGUGUGACGUAUCAGGCGGGGUCGUCGAGUCAGGGGCAGAUGGGGACUGUUUCUUUCAUGGAGUUGGAGAACGCUUGA